UAACAAGCUCUUAUAAUUAGCUUUAUAUCCACCAACAAUAAUUAUAUUCUUCUAAUACCUCAAAAUUACCAAGAUAAUAUGAAGUCCCUUAAGGUUGUAAUUGUCUUAACCCUUCUCAUGGCGACCCUUCUCAUCACUCUUGCCUCAGCGCAACCCAAAAACAACAACGACAAGAAAAACCCUAAGAAAGGAAAAGAAGCUUUAGGAUCAACAAUAAUUGACUCCUAUAAAGGAUCGAGUCGUUUUUUCAACUCAAAGAAAAAACCUCACUAUGUUAAUCCAUAUAAAUCAACGGGUGGUCACAAUGCUGGACGUGGCCGUGUUACAUGCGACAAUUUCCCCAGGGUUUGCCGCGUUAAAGGGAGCUCAGGUCCCGAUUGUUGUGGUAAAAGGUGUGUUAAUGUAAAAACUAAUAAACUUAACUGUGGAAUGUGCGGGCGAAAGUGCACAUUCCCCGAGGUUUGUUGCAACGGAAGGUGUGUUAAUCUUUGGUAUGACAGGAGGAAUUGUGGUGGUUGCCAAAACAAAUGUAUUAGAGGGAAUUUCUGCUACCGUGGGAUGUGCAACUAUUCUUAAAUAUUGAUGCAUGCACGCGAGGAUAUAUAUGAAGAAUAUUUGAGGAUCAACCGUUAUGCAUAAAGAUGCAAUAUGUAUAAGUAUAUAUAUACUAGCAAAUUAAUGUUAAUAGUUUUCUUUAAGGGUUGGAUAUUUAUUAAUUUGUGAAAUUGCUUGCAUGGGACAAAUAAAAGAGUCAUUCAAUCUAGCUAUUAGCUAGGUUGGUGGAAACUCUAGCUAAGAAAUUAAGAUUGGUUGUAUUAUUUUCAUUUUUAUUUACUACUCGUAUAUUAUACAUUUAUACGCAGUAAUUAAUUAGAACUUGCAAAUAUAUAUGAGUACUAGUUAUUGUUUAUUUUUCGUA